AUGAAAAGGAUCAUUCUAAUUGGCCAUUCAUUCCGUUCAGAGCCAAAAGGGUGUGUCAUCGACGUCACUAUCAUUGCCAUUACAAAGGCUUUUGUGUUGUUUGUGUCUGAGAUGUUACCAAGAGUCAUCAGAGUUAACCAUUGCGUGAGUCUUGGAUUCGCAGAUAUUUUUGAAGCAGAAAUCGACGUCUCUAGAGAAAGACAAUGUGAAAGUGGAGUGCGACGAAGGUUGGAAGCAGCACGACGCAUCGUCCCAAUCCAAUCCAACGAUUGGAACGAAAACAGAGAAACCAAUUGA